UGCCCGGCCGGCCGCCCCGCGCCGUCGCCCGCGCGCUCGCGAUGAAGGCGGCCCAGGCCGCGGGCGCCCAGGCGUCGCCGGGCGCGCGGUCCGUCAAGGUGGUCCUGGUCGGCGACGGCGGCUGCGGGAAGACAUCGCUUCUCAUGGUCUUCGCCGAGGGGUCCUUCCCCGAGAGCUACACCCCCACUGUGUUUGAGCGGCUCACCGUUAACCUGCAAAUGAAGGGGAAACCCCUGGACCUCCAAAUCUGGGACACGGCAGGGCAAGUUGACUAUGACCGCCUGCGGCCCCUCUUCUACCCCGACGCCAGUGUCCUGCUCCUCUGCUUCGAUGUCACCAGCCCGCACAGCUGUGACAACAUCUUCAACCGGUGGUACCCAGAGGUGAGCCACUUCUGCAAGGAGGUGCCUGUCAUUGUCGUGGGCUGCAAGACUGACCUGCGCAAGGACAAGUCGCUGGUGAAGAAGCUGCGGAAAAAUAGGGCCAGGAGAUGGCGAGGGCCGUGGGCGCAGUGGCCUACCUGGAGUGCUCAGCCCUGCUCCAAGAAAAUGUCCACGCGGUCUUCCAGGAGGCAGCCAAGGUGGCCCUCAGCAGCCGCGGUCGCAACUUCUGGAGGAGGGUUACCCGGAGCUGUUGCGUGGUGACCUGACGUCUUGAGCCCCUCCCUGCCCCAGCCACCCCAGCAGCACCGGAAGGAGCUGGGCGCUGCGCUGCCCAGUCGGCUGGGCUGGACCCAGUCCCCAAGCUGUGAUCACCGAACUGCACCUCACACAGCUGGACCCGCCAAGGCCGGGCCCCUGAGCUGGAGCUGCCAACCCUGGAAUAGCAUCACCCGCUCACCCUGAGGCCUGAAGAAGGGGCUUCCGGAGCCCACCUGCCCUGUGGAGGGCUAUUCCUGGAGUCCCCUAAAAUGACUGCCAGGCUCCCAGCUCCCAGCCUGGACCGCACAUCCAGAAGCAGCCUGUUUAGCUAGGCACUGCCUCACGGCUGCCCCCAGGGCUGCCCCUUCAGACAGGGCACUCCCAGAACCCUGAGCCACACAACUCACACCCUCCCUCAUCCCCGCCCCCUGCCCACCCAGUGGUAACUAACAACUAACUAAAACCGCAUUCCUUGCCAGCUAGGUCACGUGUCUUGCUUUACACACACACACACACACACACACACACACACUCCGUAGCAGAAAAGGACCCACCACUCUUAGGCACUGGAGUGGGACUACCCGCAUCCAAACCCGGAUCCAAACCCAGCUCUAUCACUUCAGGACCUUGGGCAAAUUACUUGAACCCUCUGCAGCUCAGUAUCCUCAUCGGUGAAAUGGGACCAAUCCCAGAUGAUGGCAUGGAGCCUUUAGAUGAGGAAGAGCAUCCAAGACACACGCAAAGAGCUUGGCACGUGGCUGGCACCCAGUAAGUGCUCACAAAAGGUUCACAAGAGGGUUUUUUAGUUGUUGUUUAUGAUAAAUACAUAAUAUUGCUGA